CCAAGCUUACUUUGGUCCACAAUGAGCUCCUCUCGUGCAGACAACCCUCCGUAUGGUGGUUCCCUCAAAGAUCUGCUCGCGCGCGAUGAAGCCAUUGCUGAUGAACUACGGGAAGAAGCAGAGAAACUGCCAGACAUUGUCUUGACUGAGCGGCAAUUGUGCGAUCUUGAACUGCUCACAAAUGGCGGGUUCAGUCCUCUUGAAGGAUUCAUGAAUGAGGCCGAUUACAAAAGUGUUGUCGAUGAUCUCCGUCUGGCGGAUGGUGUCCUGUUCCCAAUACCAAUCACACUCGAUGUCACUCAAGACAAAAUCGAUGCACUUUCCAUUGUGCCAGGCACACGCAUAGCACUACGCGAUCCUCGUGAUGACGAAGCUCUUGCCAUUAUAACUGUCGAGGACAUUUAUCAGCCCGACCGCGUCAAAGAGGCCGUUCAAGUCUUCGGAGCCGACGAUCCGGCCCAUCCUGCCGUUGCUUACCUCCAUAACAAGGUCCACCCAUUCUAUAUUGGUGGAAAAGUACAGGCAAUUCAAGCGCCAACUCAUUUCGACUAUGUUGCCCUCCGAUAUACACCGGCAGAACUCCGUUCGCACUUCAAGAAGCUUGCUUGGCGCAAAGUCGUAGCCUUUCAGACACGAAACCCAAUGCACCGUGCCCAUCGAGAGUUGACAGUCCGGGCAGCCCGACAGCGCCAUGCCAAUGUUCUCAUCCACCCUGUGGUUGGACUCACAAAACCCGGCGAUGUCGACGCCUUCACGCGAGUUCGUGUCUACCAGAGCAUAAUGGCCAAGUAUCCCAACGGAAUGGGCCAUCUUGCACUACUUCCUCUGGCGAUGCGAAUGGCUGGUCCCCGUGAAGCUGUUUGGCACGCAAUUAUCCGUCGUAACUACGGGGCUACGCAUUUUAUCGUCGGACGUGACCAUGCUGGACCAGGGAAGAACUCGCAAGGGAAGGACUUUUAUGGUCCUUACGACGCACAAGAACUCGUCACCAAGUAUCAAGAGGAACUCAAGAUUGAGAUGGUGCCAUUCCAGCAGAUGAGCUAUAUCCCUGCCAAAGACGAUUACCAACCUGCGGACGAGAUUCCUGCUGGAGUUGAGACCCUCGAUAUUUCAGGGACCGAACUCCGACGUCGUUUGAAGACUGGGGCCGCGAUUCCAGACUGGUUCAGUUACGAUGCCGUUGUUAAGACUCUACGUGAAAGCUAUCCGCCUAGAAACAAGCAAGGCUUCGUGCUAUUCUUAACUGGGCUAUACAAUUCUGGCAAGGACAUCAUCGGAAAGGCGCUCCAGACCAAGCUCAAUGAGCAGGGAGGCCGGAGUGUGACUCUUUUGCUGGGAGAAACCGUACGUCAGGAGCUUUCGUCCGAAUUGGGCUUUUCGCGGGAAGACAGACAUACCAACACUCAACGUAUUGCAUUCGUGUCUGCAGAACUAACCCGGGCUGGUGCCGCCGUCAUUGCUGCGCCAAUCGCUCCUUAUGAAGACUCGCGCAAGGCAGCUCGCGAGACGGUGGUCUCUUCUGGCGGGGCAGGCGGCAACUUCUUCCUUAUCCAUGUUGCAACACCACUUGAAUACUGUGAAAAGCGGGACCGGAAGGGUGUUUAUGCCAAAGCGCGUCGAGGAGAGAUCAAGGGAUUUACUGGGGUGGACGACCCCUAUGAAGUUCCCAGUAACGCUGACCUGACUGUCGAUGUCAGCCAGCAAUCUGUCCCACAGAUCGUCCACAGUAUUGUUCUGCUCUUGGAGGAAAAUGGACUUCUAUAG